AUGGAAAUAUUUAAUAGCAAUCUUUUUACACUUUAUUUAGAUCGCGCUUUAACGGACCAGCCAAUACUUGUUUAUGCAUCCGCUCUACAGAUUUCAAGAAAUGGUCGUGCAACUCCGGUAUCAUCAGGAACACUUGAAAAUGAAGAACAGAGAGAAAUAGCAACAACGACAGAAAUACAAUUGAGUCGAGAACAACUUCAAUACACAAGUCGUUUACCACCCAAUGAACAUGAUCUAUUAAAAGCGUUUGAUCGAUUCGGACAAUUACUCGAUACAUAUUUUAUUGAUCAAUAUGCACAUCGCUUUGAUGUUGCAUUUUCCUUUCCAGGUGAUAUACGUGACAAAGUUAGUCGAAUAGCUGGAAAACUAUGUGAAAGACUUAAUAAACAAAAGAUUUUUUAUGAUAAAUACUACAAAGCUGAAUUGGCUCGACCAAAUUUAGAUCUUUACUUGCAAACGAUCUAUCGAUAUCAAACAAGAUUAAUUGUCGUAUUUAUGUGUGAUGACUAUGCACUCAAAGAAUGGUGUGGUUUAGAAGCACGUGCUAUACGUAGUUUACUGAAAUCAAAUCAAAACCAUCGAAUUAUGCUAUUAUCAGUGGAUGGAAAAACAAUAGAUGGUGUUUUAGAUAUUGAUGGAUAUCUGGAUAUUUCAAAUGAGAGUGAAGAGGAUGUGGUAAAUGCAAUUUAUAGCCGUUUCAAAGAUCUUGACAUGCCACUGCAACCAUCACGAUCGUUACAUCAACUACCAUUGCCAUCAUCGGCAAAAAAUAUGAUAUCAAAAAUGCGUGUAGCUUUAAAAAAUACUUUUCAGGCCAUAUCACCAUGGUAUAUUGUAGUUGCUUUAAUAUCAUACAUGUUAGGUACUCUCACUGGACGCUAA